GACCCGCCCGUGUGUGUAGUGAAUUCGGCCUUGGUGCUGACAGGGACGCCCGUCAGGUUAGCGUCUCUGGUGACUGGGCAGACUUCUGUCGGCGGCACUGCUGGUCCUGCCCCGGGGUGGCAGCGGCGGUCGGUGAGAGGCCACCUCCCCGGCUCCGUCCCGCCGCCCCAGCCGCCUCGCACUGGCAGUCCGCCCAGUGACGUGGCUACUGGCUAGGAGCUUAAGCCAAAAAUAAUGCGUCUCCUCUUUGACUGCACCGCUUGUGUCAGCCGCAAAGGUCAGUCAGUCCCACAUUCGUCUCCAGCACCCUCGUUACGUCACUGCUCCCCCAAGGAGCGUUCCUGAGCGCGCCUCUGCCGGCCCGCAUUACUCGCUGCUCCUCGUGGGGAAGCCGGCCGGGUGGAGCGGGGCGGCAGGCGCGAGCCGCACCCCGCCGCCGCUGCCGGCAGGGCCCCUCGGUUGGAAUAUCACCAGCAGGGACCUGGCAACCGGCCAGCCGCCAAUCGAUGGGCCGCUCGGCUGUGACGUCACCGCCGCUGGACCAAUGGCGGCGGCGCUCUUGCUGGGGCGGCGGGCCGGUUUUCGCAGCGCCGGCCGCCGCCCCCCACUCCCCGACUGCUGCGGCGCGAGAGCGGCCGUCGCAGUGCAGAACCCGGCGCCGCAGGAACCACCGCAGCGCCGCACAGACAGGAGUGAAACAGACAACCACCAGUCCCGCGCCACCGGCGGGAAUCGACCGCAACCAUGGACUACGGCCGACCCGACUCGUACCGUGCCGCCACCACGCCCGCUGUGGCCGACGAUAAUAUCACUGCUCACGGACAGCUCAAGUCCAAACGCCAGAAGCAGGAUGCCCGCAAGAACAAGAAGCACAAGAAGGGAGGAACCACCGUGGACGACCUGAAACAGGAGCUGGUCCUCGAUGAGCAUCAGAUCACCAUCGAGGAGCUGCAGCAGCGCCUCGGAACCAGCAUCACCGCGGGUCUGACCGAGGCUCGUGCCAAGGAGAAUCUGGACCGGUACGGUCCGAACGCGCUGACGCCGCCCAAGAAGAUCCCCGAGUGGGUCAAGUUCUGCAAGAACCUGUUCUACGGCUUCUCCCUGCUGCUGUGGAUCGGUGCCAUCCUCUGCUUCGUCGCCUACUCGAUUCAGGCGGGAACAUUCGAGGAACCUCCAGAUGAUAACUUGUACCUGGGUAUUGUGUUGUCCGCUGUCGUCAUCAUCACUGGCUGCUUCUCCUACUACCAAGAAUCCAAGAGCUCCCGGAUCAUGGAGUCGUUCAAGAACAUGGUGCCGCAGUACGCUCUGGUCAUCCGUGACGGAAGCAAGGCGACCGUGCGCGCUGAGGAGCUCACCCUGGGAGACCUGGUGGAGAUCAAGUUCGGAGACCGAAUUCCGGCUGACGUGCGAAUUAUCGAGGCCCGCAACAUGAAGGUGGACAACUCCUCUCUGACUGGAGAGUCCGAGCCCCAGAGCCGCAGCCCCGAGUACACUGCCGAGAACCCGCUGGAGACCAAGAACCUGGCAUUCUUCUCCACCAACGCCGUCGAAGGAACCUGCAAGGGAGUCGUCAUCAACAUCGGUGACAACACUGUGAUGGGUCGUAUUGCCGGCCUCACGUCCAGCAUUGACUCCGGCUCGACCCCCAUCGCCCGUGAGAUCGAGCACUUCAUCCACAUCAUCACUGGCGUGGCCGUCUUCCUCGGAGUGACUUUCUUCGUCAUUGCUCUCAUCCUGGGCUACAACUGGCUGGACGCUGUCAUCUUCCUCAUCGGUAUCAUUGUGGCUAACGUGCCCGAGGGUCUGCUGGCCACUGUCACUGUGUGCCUCACCUUGACUGCCAAGCGGAUGGCCUCCAAGAACUGCCUGGUCAAGAACCUCGAGGCCGUCGAGACCCUGGGCUCCACCUCGACCAUUUGCUCGGACAAGACCGGCACACUGACCCAGAACCGGAUGACCGUCGCCCACAUGUGGUACGACAACCAGAUCAUGGAGGCUGACACCACCGAGGACCAGUCGGGCGCCUCGUACGACCGCACCACUGAGGGCUGGAAGGCGCUGUCGCGCGUGGCUGCUCUCUGCAACCGUGCCGAGUUCAAGGUGGGCCAGGAGAGCAUGCCCGUCCUGAAGCGUGAUGUCAACGGUGACGCCUCUGAGGCUGCCCUGCUCAAGUGCUGCGAGCUGGCCAUGGGCAAUGUCAUGGGCUACCGCGACAAGUACAAGAAGGUCUGCGAGAUUCCGUUCAACUCAACCAACAAGUUCCAGGUCUCCAUCCACGACAUCCGCCACGAGAACCCCAAGAACCCCAACCUGCUGGUGAUGAAAGGAGCUCCGGAGCGCAUCCUGGACCGCUGCUCCACCAUCCUGAUCAACGGCCAGGACAAGCCCCUGGACCAGGAGAUGAAGGACGCCUUCAACAACGCCUACCUGGAGCUCGGAGGACUCGGAGAGCGUGUGCUUGGUUUCUGCGACUUCUCUCUGUCGGGCGACAAGUACCCGAGCGACUACCCCUUUGACAGCGACGAAGUCAACUUCCCGCUGCAGGACCUGCGCUUCGUCGGCCUCAUGUCGAUGAUUGACCCGCCUCGUGCCGCCGUCCCGGACGCCGUCUCAAAGUGCCGCUCGGCCGGUAUCAAGGUCAUCAUGGUCACUGGCGAUCACCCCAUCACCGCCAAGGCUAUCGCCAAGAGCGUCGGCAUCAUCUCCGAGGGUAACGAGACCGUGGAGGACAUCGCUCAGCGCCUGAACAUCCCUGCGUCCGAGGUGAACCCGCGCGAGGCCAAGGCGGCCGUGGUGCACGGCUCCGAGCUGCGCGACAUCAGCUCCGACGACCUGGACGACAUCCUCACCCACCACACUGAGAUCGUGUUCGCGCGUACCUCGCCCCAGCAGAAGCUCAUCAUUGUCGAAGGUUGCCAGCGUCAGGGAGCCAUCGUCGCUGUGACCGGAGAUGGUGUCAACGAUUCGCCUGCCCUGAAGAAGGCCGAUAUUGGUGUUGCUAUGGGUAUCGCCGGAUCGGACGUGUCCAAACAGGCUGCCGACAUGAUCCUGCUCGACGACAACUUCGCCUCCAUCGUCACCGGUGUCGAAGAGGGCCGUCUGAUCUUCGACAACCUGAAGAAGUCGAUCGCCUACACCCUGACCUCCAACAUCCCCGAGAUCUCGCCGUUCCUGCUGUUCAUCUUGCUGGACAUCCCGCUGCCCCUCGGCACCGUCACCAUUCUCUGCAUCGAUCUGGGAACUGACAUGGUGCCCGCUAUCUCGCUGGCUUACGAGAAGGCCGAGUCGGACAUCAUGAAGCGCCAGCCUCGUAACCCCCUCACCGACAAACUCGUCAACGAGAGGCUCAUCUCGAUCGCCUACGGUCAGAUCGGUAUGAUCCAGGCGGCCGCCGGGUUCUUCAGCUACACGGUCAUUAUGGCUGAGAACGGCUUCCUGCCCUGGAACCUGUCCGGCCUCAGGAAGUCCUGGGACUCCAAGGCCGUCAACGAUCUCAAGGAUUCGUACGGCCAGGAAUGGACGUACGCCGAUCGUAAGGUGCUGGAGUACACCUGCCACACCUCGUUCUUCGUGGCGAUCGUGAUCGUGCAGUGGGCCGAUUUGAUCAUCUGUAAGACGCGCCGCAACUCGAUCGUCCAGCAGGGCAUGACCAACUGGGCGCUCAACUUUGGUCUCGUAUUCGAGACGUGCCUGGCGGCGUUCCUAUCGUACACACCGGGCAUGGACAAGGGUCUCCGGAUGUACCCGCUCAGGUUCGUCUGGUGGCUGCCGCCUAUUCCGUUCUCCAUCCUCAUCUUCAUCUACGACGAGUGUCGGCGAUUCGUGCUACGUCGGAACCCGGGCGGCUGGGUCGAGAACGAAACCUACUACUAAGCGGCGCGUGUCGCGCGCUGCUCGUAGUGUGUCCCUGGCCGUCCCAGCGGCCGGGACCCUAGCUCGUUCGUUCCAUAGUGAUGUUGGCCAUUGUCGCUGGCCGGUCGGGCCGCGGGGAGGGAGGCCCGCCAGCGCUCGGCGCCGGUGCCUCGGUGCAAUAGCGGCGCUGUGCGGCGUCGGGGGGCAGCUCGGCGGCAGCUGAACCCCGUUUUACUCCUGAUGUGUUUUAUGUUGUCACCAAAUACAUGCGAGUUUUGC